GAAUUUAAACUAUCUAGCUAUCACGUUUCAUGAAAUACAACCUGGUGAAAGACAGACGGACAAAACCAUUAUGCCAAAGUGCCCAUCUUUAGUUCACAUUAUAUUUCUGUAUUUUUCUCAACAUUGGACUAAAACCUAUAUUUUUUUCCAGAGAAGAGUUAUUUAUAAUGUCUAAGUUAUGGAGCACGUAUCAUCGUACUGAUCUAGUGGAGGUCGCCUGCAGAAAAUCUCUGGAAACUAUGGGUCUUGAUUACUUUGACCUAUAUAUGAUUCACAACCCCAUGUCUUUCAAGGAAGGACCAGACCCAAUACCGAAGAUAGCCAACGUGCUCCAAUACUCUGAACACGACUUCUUGGACGCAUGGUUUGGGAUGGAGCAACUAGUGACAAAACAGCUGGUUAAGAGUAUCGGUGUCAGCAACUUUAAUGCAGCACAGCUGCAACGCCUGCUAGACAAGGCGAGGAUCAAGCCUGUCGUUAAUCAGGUGGAAUGCCAUCCAUAUUUAACUCAGCAAAAGCUCGACCAGUUCUGCUCAGAAAACAACAUUAAAUUGAGCUGUUUUGGAGUACUGGGCUCUAAAGGCACUCCGUUGGAGUAUAAGGGCUCCAAUAACCCAGUACUGGACGAUCCCCUUGUGCAAGUGAUGGCAGCAGGACUGAAUGUCACUCCGGCACAACUUCUGAUCAGGUACAAAUCAUAGAGAGACAUUACAUUUAGUACAUCCCUAGGGCAAGCAAAAAAAAUAUAAGACAUAUAUAUUAUGUGAACGUCCUAAGGAAACGAUAUAUAUCGCUUUAAUAGGCUUGCCCCAUGGAUAAACACUU